AUGUCAGAAAUAGAUCCAAAGUUAUUAGAAAUAAGGACAGCGAAUGCUGAGAAGGAAGCUAAGAUUAUUGAAAAAGAGUUGGAUAAAAUAGCAAACGAUGAUCUUAGUUCUGUUGGAGAUCCAAGGCUUGAUAAAUUAUUAGCUGAUAAUGAAAAACUUAAACAUCGUCUAGCUAUACUUGAAAAUGCUAUUAAGGCUGAAUGUUCUACCGAUCCUAUUAAAAGGAGGAAACCUAAUUUAAUUACUGACAUUAAAUCUGUUGAAGGUACCAUUUGUAUAUUAGAUGAAUUGAAAAAUGUUUUUGAAAUUGCUAUUACUUCAGCUUAUCCAGAUUUGGAAGAUCCACCAAUUGUUAUUACCCUAUCGGGCAAUAAUCCAAAAUUUGGUGAUUACCAGUGUAAUUCUGCCAUGCCAAUAUCUCAGCUUCUUAAAGCAAAAAAUGUGAAAACCAACCCCAGAGAAGUAGCUAAUAAUAUUUUAAACAAAACUCCAACUUCUCCUUUCAUACAAAAAAUUGAAGUUGCUGGGGCUGGGUUCUUAAAUAUUUAUUUAAACAAAGCAUUGGCUGAACAUGUUUUGAAUACUAUACUUCAGUUUGGUGUGAAGCCACCACCUGUUAAAAAAGAAAGAGUGAUAGUAGACUUUUCUUCGCCUAAUAUUGCAAAAGAAAUGCAUGUGGGUCACUUGAGGUCUACAAUUAUAGGGGAUAGCAUAUGCCGUGUUUUAGAAUUUUUAAAUCAUGAUGUACUUCGUCUAAAUCACCUUGGUGACUGGGGUACACAGUUUGGCAUGCUCAUUGCUCAUUUACAAGAUAAAUUUCCUGACUAUAAAACUCACUCGCCACCUAUUUCUGAUUUGCAAGCCUUUUAUAAGGAAUCAAAGAAAAGGUUUGAUGAGGAUGAAGAGUUUAAAAAAAGAGCUUAUUCAUGUGUAGUUCAGCUUCAGUCUGGGCAACCUGACUAUAUAGCAGCUUGGAAGCUUAUUUGUGAGGUAUCACGCCAAGAAUUUCAAAAAAUAUAUGACCGCUUGGAUAUCCAAAUUAUGGACAGAGGUGAAUCUUUUUAUCAGAAUAGGAUGGAUGCAGUAGUAAAAGAAUUAAAAGAUAAAGGUUUCUUAGAAGAAGAUGAUGGCAGAUUAAUAAUGUGGGGGAAAGAAGAUAGCCAUGAUGGAAUUCCUUUAACAGUUGUUAAAUCAGAUGGAGGUUACACAUAUGACACUUCGGAUAUAACAGCUAUAAAGCAAAGAGUAGAAGAAGAAAAAGGUGAUAGGUUCAUUUAUGUAACUGAUGUUGGUCAGUAUACGCAUUUUAUGACUAUAGAUGCUUGUGCACGACGAGCUGGUAUACUUACUAAUGGAAAAAAGAUUGAACAUGUUGGUUUUGGAGUAGUUCUUGGGGAAGAUAAAAAGAAGUUUAAAACACGAUCUGGAGAUACAAUAAAGUUAAUUGAUUUGCUUGAUGAGGGCUUAAAAAGAUCUCUAGACAAAUUAGUGGAAAAGGGCAGAGAUAAAGUCCUUACUGCUGACGAGUUGAAAAAAGCCCAAGAGGCUGUUGCCUAUGGAUGUAUUAAGUAUGCCGAUCUCUCACACAAUAGAAUAAAUGACUACAUCUUUUCAUUUGACAAAAUGUUAGAUGACAAAGGGAACACAGCUGUGUAUCUAUUAUAUGCAUUGACUCGCAUCAGGUCUAUCGCACGAACAGCUCAAAUUUCAAUUGAAAAAUUAAUAGAUGAAGCUCAAAAGUCUGGUUUCAAACUACAACAUGAAACUGAAUGGAAAUUGGGUAAAGUACUGCUUAGGUUCCCAGAAGUUAUUCUCAAGGUAUCCAAUGAUCUUUACUUGCACAGUUUAUGUGAAUAUUUAUAUGAAAUAUCAUCAGCUUUUACCGAUUUUUAUGAUAAGUGCUAUUGUGUUGAGAAAGAUAAGAGUGGAAAUAUAGUCAAAAUCUUUUAUGAAAGAUUGAUGCUGUGUGAAGUUACUGCCAGAGUAAUGGAAAGGUGUCUUGACAUUUUAGGUAUAAAAACAGUAUCUAAGAUG